AUGCGCGCCCUUGGUCUCGUAGGCCUUUUUGGCGUCGCCCAUGCAGUCUGUCCGUUCAUGGAAGGCGGCAGCGGCUUCGAGCGUCGUGACACGAAUCCCGAUGCGACUGAGGCGACUGAGGAGUUCCUCUCCGAGUACUACUUUGAUGACAACGAUGUUUACCUGACCUCCGAUGUGGGCGGGCCCAUUGAAGACCAGCAAAGUCUAAAGGCUGGUGAGCGGGGGUCGACUUUGUUGGAAGAUUUUAUAUUCCGCCAGAAGAUUCAGCGGUUUGACCAUGAGCGGGUUCCCGAACGCGCAGUGCACGCCCGCGGUACAGGUGCCCAUGGCGUGUUUACCUCGUACGGCGACUACUCCAACAUCACUGCAGCUUCCUUCCUGUCAAGCAAGGGCAAGGAGACUCCAGUUUUCGUUCGUUUCUCUACUGUCGCAGGCAGUCGGGGAAGCUCCGACCUUGCUCGUGAUGUCCACGGUUUCGCGACGCGGUUCUACACUGACGAGGGCAACUUCGAUCUCGUCGGCAACAACAUCCCUAUUUUCUUCAUUCAGGAUGCGAUUCAAUUCCCCGAUCUGAUCCACUCGGUGAAGCCCAGCGGGAACAACGAGAUUCCACAGGCUGCGACUGCUCAUGAUGCCGCCUGGGAUUUCUUCAGCCAGCAGCCGAGUACCAUGCACACCCUCCUGUGGGCGAUGUCUGGCAAUGGCAUCCCCCGUUCAUUCCGCCAUGUUGAUGGCUUCGGUGUACAUACCUUCCGCUUUGUCACGGACGAUGGCUCCACCAAGUUUGUCAAGUUCCAUUGGAAGACCCUUCAGGGUAAGGCCGGUCUAGUAUGGGAGGAGGCGCAACAGAUCUCGGGCAAGAACCCCGACUACAUGCGCCAGGAUCUGUAUGAGGCAAUUGAGGCAGGGCGAUUCCCUGAAUGGGAGCUUGCCGUGCAAAUCAUGGAUGAGGAAGAUCAAUUGCGCUUCGGCUUCGAUCUUCUUGACCCGACCAAGAUCGUCCCUGAGGAAUACGUCCCCUUGACCAAGAUUGGCAAGAUGACUCUCAACCGCAACCCUCGCAACUACUUUGCUGAGACCGAGCAGGUCAUGUUCCAACCCGGCCACAUCGUUCGCGGCGUCGACUUCAGCGAGGAUCCUCUCCUCCAAGGGCGUCUCUUCUCGUACCUCGACACGCAGCUCAACCGCAACGGCGGGCCUAACUUUGAGCAGCUUCCGAUCAACCAGCCUCGCGUUCCUGUCCACAACAACAACCGUGAUGGCGCCGGCCAGAUGUUUAUCCCUCUCAAUCCCAAUGCCUACAGCCCCAACACUCUGAACAAGGCAUCGCCCAAGCAAGCUAACCAAACCGUUGGACGCGGCUUCUUCACUGCGCCCGACCGCAAGGCCAAUGGCAACCUUGUGCGCGUCAAGAGCUCUACUUUCGAGGACGUCUGGUCCCAACCUCGUCUCUUCUACAACUCCCUUGUUCCUGCGGAGAAGCAGUUCGUCGUCAAUGCGAUCCGGUUCGAGAACGCCAACGUGAAGAGCGAAGUUGUGAAGAAGAACGUGAUCAUCCAGCUGAACCGUAUCUCGAACGACCUAGCCACUCGGGUCGCGCGCGCCAUUGGCGUAGAUGCUCCCGAGCCCGACCAGACGUACUACCACGACAACACAACCGUCGGUGUCGGAGCCUUCGGUCACAAACUCCAGACCCUGGCUGGGUUGAAGGUUGCUGUUCUUGCCUCUGUUGACGCGGAGCAGUCGUUCAGCGCUGCCACUGCCUUGUCUUCCGAGUUUUCGGAUAACGGACUGGACGUUGUUGUUGUCGCAGAGCGCCUCGCUGAGGGCGUGAACCAGACCUACUCGGCGUCGGAUGCCAUCCAGUUCGAUGCUGUCGUCCUGGCCCCAGGCACUGAGAAACUUUUCAACUCGACGUCAACCGCAAGCUCGGCACUCUACCCGGCCGGCCGUCCCCUCCAGAUCCUGACAGAUGCGUUCCGGUGGGGCAAGCCCGUUGCUGCACUGGGUAGCAGUUCUGGUGCUCUGAAGAGCACCAGCAUUGGCCAGGAGGACGAUGGUGUAUACGUUGCCAAGAGUGUCAAUUCUGACUUUGCGAGUCAGCUCGAGCAGGGGUUGACGGUGUUCCGCUUCUUGGAUCGGUUUGCCCUUGACUCGGAUAAGUAG